AUGGCUUCUAAGAUAAGCUCGUCUCCUCCUUGUAAACAAAAACCCUUUUCGAUUGAAACAAAACCCUUGAUGCUCAAAGAUUAUCUUCUUGAUGAUCUAAGUUCAUGCUCAUCCAACGGCUUCAAAUCAUUUCCUCGUCGUCAAUGCUGCACAACCGUCCGGUUUCUCCUCGAAAUCGACCUCAAAACCAAACAUCAGCAGCAGCAGCACCAAAAGCAGCUUUCCAAAAGAAGUAGAUCGUCAAAAGCAGCUUCUACAACAAUCUCAGCUCUUCAAAAAGCAUCAGUUGCCGUUAUCAACGCCGUUAAACUACUACCAUUUCCCUCCUCCAACUCCACCCUGAAGUCUUCGUCACCAUCAAGAUCCAGAAAAGAACUUUUACCUCGAAGCCUUUCACGGAAGCUGUUUAAGAAGAGCUUUUGGAGAAAAGCAGCUGAUCAUCAUGGUCAAUGUAAAGAAAGCAAUGAGAUCAGAGGGUGGAGACUGUUCCGUGAGUUCUUAGAGGAAGGAGAUAAAUCUUCUGUUCAAAUGACCAGCAGAAUUUCAACAAGUUCCAGCAGUAACAGUCACAGUAAAAUCUGGACUGUUGAGAGCGAAUUUACCGUUGACAGCGGUAAUUCUACUAAUUCAGAGAGUUGUAUCAGCAGCGCAAACGACGCCGUUGGCAAUAAUAAAGAUUUAAUCAGCGACAGAGUAGGCGUAUCAGUCGGCCAGGAUUCCAUCACUAGCAGAAAGGAGUGGUCAAAUGAGGAGGAGAAAGAGCAAUUCAGUCCAGUUUCAAUUCUGGAUUGUCCAUUCCAGGAUGAUGAAGAAGAAAUCAUUAUUAGCUCUCCUUUCCAACGUAGUCUUAUCCGCAUGGAAGGUAGUAGACUUGCAGUUGCCUCUUCCAUGAAAACUACUAAUGCUAUAGCCAAGUUAUGGGCCCUUGAAACAGGGUCCAAAGAGGGAACUUCUAUAGGAUGGGACCGAGCUCUAUUAACCCACACUCGAAAGGGAUAUGGUUACAUUACCAUCUGGGGCAGCCGAUUUUGCAGAACUAAACAAAAGCUUAUGCAAAAGAUCAGAAGGUUUGAGAGCCUCGCUCAACUAGACCCUGUAGACUUGGAAAAGCGGAUUGCAAUGGCAGAGUUGGAGGAUGAAUCCCUUGAUUCCCCCUUGCAACCUUGUUCAAUGUCUAUCCACAGCGAUAAUGACAACGGUUUCAAUGAAACUAAAGAAAAUGGAACUGAAAAGGAUGCACAGGAGCUACUUAAGCAUGUCAAAUCAACAAUAGCAUCACAUAGCUUAGCACCUAAGGUAGAUAGUCUUUUGUUAGACUUCUUCAAAGAGAAAAUAGUGGAAAAUAAUGCAAGUGGAAGCGUGGUAGGAUCGUAUAAAGAAUUUGAGCAAGAAGUACAAGUAGCACAGGAUUGGAUUAAUGGGCAGCCUAAAGAAUUGUUUUUGGGGUGGGAGGUGCUGGAGAGCAGGCAAGUCUACAUUAAAGAUAUGAAGAAGAAUGGGAAGUGGGAAAAUGUGGAUCAAGAAAAAGAAGAGGUUGCUUUGGAGUUGGAGGUUGAGGUUUUUAAUUCAUUGGUGGAAGAAGCCUUACUUGAUUGCAUUCUAGUUAAUUAA